AUGGGUGUGAAGCACUUCACCACCACCAUCAUCUUCUUAAUAGUAAUUAACCUCUCCACAAUAACCCAUGCCUACGAUGAUCCAUGCGCGUCUCAACCCGACGAUUCAGACGUGACGUUGAUUCCCAUCUACGGCAAGUGUUCACCUUUCAACUCCAAUCCCAACCCCAUAACGUGGGAAAACACAAUCAUCAACAUGGCCUCCAAAGACCCAGAGAGGCUCCAAUACUUAUCCACCCUCGUCGCCAAACGGAGCAAAAAGCGCGUUUCCGCAGCCCCAAUCGCUUCUGGUCAGGCCUUCAACAUCGGCAACUACGUCGUCCGAGUUAGACUCGGCACACCGGGUCAACUCAUGUUCAUGGUCCUAGACACCAGCACUGAUGAGGCCUGGGUCCCAUGCACCGGCUGUUCCGGUUGCCCAUCCACCACCGCCUAUAACCCAAGAGCCUCCACCACUUUCGGUGGAUCAAUAGCUUGCUUCGCCCCACGCUGCACCCAAGUCCGUGGCGCCCUCCCUUGUCCCUCCACCGGUUCCACUGCUUGCUCCUUCAACCAAUCCUAUGCUGGGUCCUCAUUCUCCGCCACGCUAGUGCAAGACUCGCUCAGGUUGGCCGUUGACACCAUCCCAAACUACGCUUUCGGGUGCAUCAACUCCGCCUCCGGUGGGUCAAUCCCGGCCCAAGGGCUACUGGGCUUGGGCCGCGGGCCUUUAUCGCUACUUUCACAAGCCUCAUCACUCUCCUCCGGCGUCUUCUCCUACUGUCUCCCGAGUUUCAAGUCCUACUACUUUUCCGGGUCCCUCAAACUCGGGCCCACGGGUCAACCCAGACGAAUCCGAACCACCCCACUUCUCCGAAACACGCGCCGCCCCUCUCUGUACUUCGUGAACCUCACCGGAGUAACCGUAGGCCGGGUCCGGGUCGCUCUACCCAGCGAGCUUCUAGCGUUUAACCCAUACACUGGAUCCGGAACCAUAAUAGAUUCGGGUACGGUUAUAACCCGGUUCGUGGAACCGGUUUACAAUGCAAUCAGGGACGAGUUUAGGAAACAAGUGAAAGGGCCAUUCAGUAGCAUCGGAGCAUUUGACACGUGUUUUGUGAAGAACUAUGAGAGGUUGGCACCGUUGAUAAAAUUUCACUUCACGGGUUUGGAUCUAACUUUGCCGUUUGAGAAUAGUCUCAUACAUAGUAGUUCUGGGUCGUUGGCUUGCUUGGCCAUGGCGGCAACACCCAAUAAUGUGAACUCAGUGCUUAAUGUGGUUGCCAACUUGCAGCAACAGAACCUUAGGAUUUUGUUUGAUACCGUUAAUAAUAAGGUUGGCAUCGCUCGUGAGCUUUGUAACUAA